GAGCUCAACACAAUUUCCCUCCAGACUGGAUGUGUGUGCGCUCUUCCAUCCCCUUCUGGUGCCACACCCUCUGCCAGGUUUAGCCCUCUCCCCAAAUAGCCCCACCAUCAUCCUCCUCCUCCUCCUCCUCACCCUCAUCGGGAACGUCACGUCACUCGGCGUGUUCUUGUGCGAGACGGACACGGUCACGCAGAGCGGGCAAAGAUGUCUCCGAGCGUCCGCUGGUUCUUGUGCCUGAUGGGGGCCGCCUGCCUGGGGCUGCUGCCCUUGCCGCUGCGCGCGCAGGUGGUGGCUGAUGACACAUACUUAAACGAGGUGCAGAACUCAGUGCCUCUGUCCUGCUCCGAGGGUUUCACCGAGUUGGGUUACUACAACGGCACCGUGUCCCAGACGGACUCGGGCGCCCCCUGCCUCAAGUGGACCGAGUUCCCCGACUACGUGGUGCAGUACCCGGGCCGCGGGUUGGGCGAGCACAGCUACUGCCGGAACCCGGACCGCGAGUCCAACCCUUGGUGCUUCUUUCGGCAGAACUCGGGCGCCAUCGGCUGGGCCUACUGCGACUGCCACCAGGGUGCCGCCCGGCUGGUCGGCGGCUGGUCGUCCGGCAGCGGGCGAGUUGAAGUGUACCUGAACGGCCAGUGGGGGGCGGUGUGCGACUCGCACUGGACUGACCGGGAUGCCAGCGUUGUCUGCAGGCAGGUGGGCUUAAGCGACAUCGGCACGGCGUUGCGGCACUCCCAGCUCGCCUCGGGUUCCGGCCUCUUCCACUUUGAGCGUCUGGGUUGCCGUGGCGACGAGAGCAGCGUGAGCGCAUGCAAGAGCAGGACAUUUGUCACCGGGGACUGCAACCAUGGAAACGAGGCGGCUGUCUCGUGUGCGCCUCCUGAAGGCGGCGGAACCCCGCUUCGACUGGUCGGAGGUGAGGAAGACUUUGAAGGGCGCGUGGAGGUGUUCCACGCCGGGAGGUGGGGCUCCGUGUGUGACGACCAAUGGGACGACAGAGACGCGGAAGUGGUAUGCAGACAACUGGGCUUCAGCGGUGUGGCCAAGGCGUGGUCGUGGGCUCACUUUGGUCAGGGGUCAGGUCCCAUCCUGCUGGACGCCGUCACGUGCACGGGAAACGAAUUGUUCCUGGAUCAGUGUGCACACGGACACUGGGAGCAGCACAACUGCGACCACAUGGAGGACGCGGGAGUCUCCUGCAGCCCUUACACAGACGGGGUGGUGCGUCUGGUGGGGGGCGACAGUCCCUGGGAGGGCCGAGUGGAGGUGCUCCACAACGGCGACUGGGGGACCGUGUGUGACGACCAUUGGACGGAGCGGCACGCCCACGUGGUCUGUGGACAGCUGGGAUACAGGGGUCACGCAGAGGUUGUGUCGGACGGGACGUUCGGCGAGGGCGCCGGUCUCAUCCUGCUGGACGACGUCCACUGCGACGGCUCUGAGUCGUCCCUGCUGGACUGCCGCCACGGCAUCUGGGGCCGCACCGACUGCUCCCACUCGGAGGACGUCGCCGUGCGCUGCAGAGCAAAGGCUGAAGACGAGACCAACGACGUGCCUGUCGUCGCGCCAUCCACAGGUCCGCUGCUGCGUCUCGCCGGCGGCGUCAGCAGGAAGGAGGGGCGCGUGGAGGUCUAUCUGCACGGCGACUGGGGGACUAUCUGUGACUCGGGGUGGAACGACCUCAACGCCGCCGUUGUGUGCAGGCAGCUGGGACACAGGGGCAGAGCGCUGGCCGCUGGGGGCUUCACACAGGCUAAAGGACCAAUCCACCUGGACCAAGUUCGGUGCACGGGCAAGGAGGAGUUCCUGGGCGAGUGUCCCUCACUGGGCCUGAACAUCCUAGGCUGCAGGCGGGGCCAGGCUGCAGGGGUCAAGUGUGAUGCCUCUGCCGCCUCCACACAUGACCCGACGGUUCGAGUCAGCCACCAAGAGGCCAGCUGCGGCGUGAGAAAGUUUCACGAUGACAGCGGUGAGACUAAGGCCCGAGAGGGAGGAGGGAACACGCUCAGGACCGCAUGGCCUUGGCAGGCCUCUGUGUGGCUUCAGUCCCAAAGUCGAGAUGGCGGCCCUCUCUGCAGCGCCACUCUGAUUGGCUCCUGCUGGGCGCUCACAUCUGCCACCUGUUUCGCCAGGUUUGGAAUGGAGCCGUCCAAGUACGUGGUGCGGCUAGGGACUUCUGAGCGGACCUUGAACACAGAGCGGGUGGUGGUCCACAAGAAGUUCAAAGGUCAGAGCGGAGGUCACGAUCUGGCACUGCUCAAGCUGCCCGGCGCCCAGAAGGGUCACUGUUUCACAUUCGACCCUCACGUCAACGCCGCUUGCCUGCCCGACGAUGACCACAGCAGCACGCCAGCGGCCUGUGUUGUUAUGGUGACGACGCGGUGGAGCACACCAGACUCUGUCCUGGCGUCGUGGGUUCCCGUCAUGUCGUCAUGGCAAUGCAAGAAGCGUCACGGCGACAGCUUCUCCAGCCACGGCACUGUGUGCGCCGGCAGCCCCCCGGACACCAGCCUGCUCCACGGCAGCAGCGACGGUUGCCGUGGCAACUCCGGAGGCGGCCUGCUGUGUCAGAGCGAGGCGGGCCGGUGGGUGCUGGCGGGGGUGGUCGCCGGGGGCUAUGGCUGUGCGGACACCUCUUCGCCGGCGCUUUACACGCGCGUCAGCCGAUUACGCAGCUGGAUUGACGAAGUCACCUGGGCCGAUUCCCAAAAUGACCGACAAGGGGAGGACACGAACGACAUUGGACAACACGCGCACACAAAACACACACACCACCCACAGAUGGCGGUUUGAUCGAGGCCUCAUUGGCUUACCAACUGUGCCACGGGACCACCAGAGAAAACAAGAACUCUGACGAUUGGUGGAUGUCUUGCUUCUCAACGAAAGGCCAAACAAAGAUGGCCAAUCAGCAUGUGCUUUCACAUCUUAAAUUCAAUCGGGUAAAUUAUCUGGCAAGGGUACACAAUUAAGACAACAAUUAAUAUUGGCGCUUACUGCUAAUUAAUGUACAGCUGAUAAACAUGCAACAACAUCAACAAAAAAAGGGCUUUUCUCUGCAAGCUCAUAAUGGAUGACUGAGCUACUUCAAUAUGACCGUGAACCAUAUAAUGUGUCAUCCAUCCAUUCAUUUUCUAUGGCGCUUAUCCUAAUUUUGGUUGGAGGUGAGGUGGAGCCUAUCCCAUCUGAUUUCUUGGGCGAGAGGCGGGGUACAGCCUGGACCAGUUUUAGAUUUGCCAAGUCAAUCUUCAGACUUAAACCCUACCGAGAAUGCAUUUUACCUGCUAAAGAGGAGACUUGAUGAGAGGAAAAACCCCAGUAGUCGGCUGCGAUAAGUUCCAGCUCACACGCAACUCAGUGAGGCUAAGUGGUACAGAAAAUGGAUAGUUGUGUGUCUAUGUGCCCUGUGACCGACUGUCGACCAGUCCAGGGUGUAACCCACCUCCUGCUGUGAUAGGCUCUGGCUCACUCGGCAUCCUAGUGAGGAUGAGCGCUAUAGAAAUUGGACAGAUUAAUUACAGUCCAAUACCACUGAAGAGUACCUAAUAUUGCAACUGGUGAGAAAUAAUAAGACCGACAUAAUUUCAGAAUUUGGGGUGGAUGAACAAUAUACGGUCAAUAGAACGUAUCGUGACACGGUUAAUUCGUUGUUCAUGUUUGUAUUUGCGAGAAAUAAGAAUUAAGGCCGACAUAACUGCAGUAUUUGUGAUUUAUGAAUGACAAAUGGCAUUGCCUCACUUACCUUUAAAAUAAUGGUCCAUGAAGCAGGCAGGAAUCUAGAACAUAAUCAUUCAUGAAUAUUGUAAUAAUAAUUACUAAUAAAAAAUGGUACGGUCCUUAAAUGUAUAGAAGCAGAUUAAAAGCCAUUGAAGGUCUGAUUCUGAUGGUGCAGGUAAAGUAGAGCUAGAGUGUGUAUGUACAAUAUGUGGUCUGUGAAUAUUUCAAUUACAAUAUUGGUUCUGACCACGAGAUGGCGUCGUCUCCCCGUUUUGUCUUUUUUUAUGAUUCGAUCCAGUGUGCUGUCAUUUUUUGGCCUUAGUGCUUCGUUGUAUUGUGACUCAUUGUGUCGUCCAACAUCUUGUCACAGGAGACCAACAUGCUUCUGAUUGUGGACAUAAUCAACAUUAAAGCUUCCAUUAGCGGGUUAACGGGGACAUUCUGCUGGUGAUUCUGUACUUAACAAUAAAGCUUCCAACAGCAGACUCAA